GAAACCGCGUUCGGUUUUGCCAGAACAGAAUUGAAAUGGAUGGACUCGCACUGUGGCUCAGUGGCUGUGAAUUGUGAUAACAGACCGUUACAGGGAAUUAAAUACUACUACUCUUCUGAUUACAAAAUCAAUCGUGUGGCAAUCAUGUGAAUUUGCAAGUAAAACACACAGGUAGUCAUCGUCCCUCUGACUUCUUUGAACUACAAAUACUCCUCCUUCCACAACUUCACAAUUACAAAAACCACAGCACAUCACCAAGGGGAGAGAGAGAGAGAGAGCAGCACAGCACAGCACAUCACAAAGGAGGGAGAGAGAGAGAGAGAGAGAGAGAGAGAGAGAGAGAGAGAGAGAGAACAAAAUGGCCACCUCUUCGUGUCUCUCCCAGAUCUUAAUCCUCUGCCUCGCCACCGCUCUGCUCGUCCUCGAAUCCCCACGCUCCGCGGCCGCCAGUGAAUCCCACGACCGGCGACUCCUCGGGUGGGCCACCACCAGAUCCGGAUGCCGUGGGACCAUCGCCGAGUGCCUCGCCGCCGACGACCAGGACGAGUCCGACUCAGAGAUCGGCAGCCGGCGCAUCCUGUCCACCUACGUCUACAUCAGCUACGGUGCGCUGCAGAGGAACACUGUCCCUUGCUCCCGACGCGGCGCCUCCUACUACAACUGCUACGGUAACAGUGCACAGGCCAAUCCCUACACCCGCGGGUGCACCGCCAUUACCCGUUGCAGGAGUUAGAUUCAGUUUCCCCUCAAUUUUUUUUCCCCAUUCUUUUUUAGCAAAAGUUACCCAUUUCUCAAUUUUCACAUUUUUUAGUAAACAUCCGAUGUGGUGGUCUUGUAAUGUUAUACAGAACGAAAAUCCUUUGUUGUGUUAUAUAUACAGAUCCUCUGUACCAAA